AUGGUUAUUCUGUAUGGACUCAUUAAUUUCUCCCUUGCAUCCGUUUUUUCUAGGAUUUAUAAUUGUGUUGUUGGCGAUUUCUAUGAAAAAGUUUGUUAUUCUGUCAAGUGUCAACAGAAACAAAAUUUCUCCCUUAACUUGCUUGCCAUAACGACCAUGGCAGCAUUAUUGCUGCUGCUGCUUGUGAGUUUGAAUCUGAGCAUAGGAAUUUGCUAUCACGAUGGGGAUGGUGAUGAUGAUCCAGUUGGAUGUCCCGCGCGUGUGUACUGUUCAGAAAACAACACCAAUAUUCUUGAGCUGCGUGGCUCUUCUUCUUCAGUGAAACUCCCCAUCCGUCACAUUAAUUACACAUCAAAAACUUUACAAAUUUAUGAUCCCAAACACUGUUUUCCAGAACUCUCUCUCAGACUCGAUUACUCAUCAUUUUAUCCUUUCCGAUAUAUUAAACAUUCACUUGUUAUCGAUAGUUAUUCUGAUUCUCUAGAGCCAACAAACUGUACUUUCUUUGAUUGCUCUUCAGGUGUGCCUGCAAACAUCCUCAUCGGAGGUCUGUUAUCUUGCCCGAUUUACAAUUCUUUUGAUGAGGACGAUGUCGUCGAGUCCAACCUUGUAUUCUGCACAAAAUUGUCCCGUCAUGUCUUGCCAAUUUCCGUGUGUAACAAUCGGACACGGUGGAGUCCAUUAGACUUUGGGUGGUCAACAAAAACUUUUAAGAGUGGAUGCUUUCUUGGUUGCAACAAAUCCAACAAGGGAACUCAAUCCAACAAGGGAACUCAACUCUAUAAAUCCAUUUUUUUACCCCUUACAGGUCACAAACUUAAACUUGGAUUAAACAUCAUUAUUUUGCCAGCUUUUACAUUGACUUUUGGAUAA